UCAGCUGAUCGAACUGAAAUCAGUCUCCCGACAGAAAUGUGCAACCUGUGGUAGGCUGUAAAGUAGCUUAGUGACAUGACAGCCGGCAGCAUAUUGGUAAUGUUAUCGAUCAGUUAUCGCAUGAGAAUGAGACAAGUUAACGGCCUAUCUUUCACGUAGCAGUUAUUAGCUUAAACGCUAACGUUAGUUAACUACAGCUUUUUUAAUUUGUGCAGCUAGCUUGUGGGUGGCUAGCUGAUUGACUUGUGAUGGUCUGGAGGUCUCUGUAGGAACGAAGGAGAAGCUGAGAUGGGAGACAGUGAUGGGGAGGACAUUAAGGAAACACCAGAGCUGCCUGUGGAGAUCAUAGUUUACAUCCUGAGCUUUCUUCACGCUUCAGACAGGAAGGAAGCCUCAUUGGUCUGCCGCAGCUGGUACUAUGCCAGCCAAGACCUGCGCUUUCAGAAGAACGUCACCUUCUGCUUCCCGGCCUCAGCCUCGUCCCUGGAGCUGGUCAGGGGUCUGGGCAGAAAGUCGCGCUGCAGUCUGAUCAUCAGCCAGCUGGAUGGCUUCAGCAUGUCCAGAUCGCUGCUUCUGGAGGUGGGUCUGUGUCUGGGCUCUAAGCUGGAGAGCUUGGCGCUACCUGGCAGCAGUAUAACAGAAGCCUCUCUGCUGGCCCUCCUUCCCCGCCUCACCUCCCUCCGCAGGCUGGACCUCAGGGGCCUGGACAGCCUCUUCAUGUCUGGAGCUUUCCUCUCCAGGGAGGAGCACAGACAGCAGGUGAGGUCAGCUCUGUCUGGUCUGGAGGAGCUGGACCUGUCCGACCUGCGCUACCUCUCUGAUCUCACCUUCAAUCGUCUCACCAGCUGCACCCCACGCCUCCGUCGGCUCUCGCUGGCUGGCUGCCACAUCGCUUUCGAGUUCGACCCGUAUCGAGGGUGCCCGGUGGGAGCUGUUGAGGACUCGUCAGCAUUGCUGUCACUGAGGAACUUGAGGAGGUUGUUAACAGAGCAGAAAUCCACCCUUGUAGCUCUGGACCUCAGCAGAACCUCCAUCACUCCUGAGUCACUACGCACUAUUGCUCAGGUUCAGGAUUUGGUCUUAGAGGAACUGUGUCUGCAUGGUUGUAAGGAACUGACAGACUACUCAGUGGAGGCUCUGGUGAAGCACCAGCCAAGCCUCCAGAGACUGGAUGUCAGUGCCUGCACUGAGCUGACCAGCAGGUCUGUUGAGGCUAUAGCACAGGGCCUAAAAUCACUGACUCAUCUAUCCUUGUCCCGCGACUGGAGGAUCACUGAGAAAGGCCUCGCUGACCUGCUGUCUGUGUCGUCCCUGAGGGGUCUGGACCUGUCCGAGUGUCUGCACAUCAGCGGAACAGAGAUAGUGAAAGGCUUGACAGGGUCUAGCGCUUCCAGAGCGCAGCUGGAGACGCUCAGCCUCAAGAGCUGCACCUACAUCAGGGAUCUUGCGGUUUUCUCUCUUGCCCAGCUUCUCGGGGAUACUCUCUGUGAGUUGGACCUGACCUCGUGCGUCAACGUGACUGACCUGUCCGUGUGCGCCAUCGCCACCUACUUGCAGAAGCUGGUAGUUCUGCGGCUCGGCUGGUGUAAAGAAGUCACAGACUGGGGUUUGCUAGGGAUGGUGGAGACAACCAAGUGUGUGCCUGAUGAGGAGAUGGGGGACAAGGGUCCCAGGUUCACCCGGACCUUCGGCAACAUGGGCUUCUUCAAGCCUCCUCGUCUGCCCUUUGAGGAGCGACCCAAGCUGGUGACGCAGAAUGACCUGGAGCAGUUCAGACAGCAGGCUGGAGCUUCACUUUUAGCUCUCAGCAGGCUGCAGGAGCUGGACCUCUCUGCCUGCUCCAAACUCACCGACAGCAGCAUCACACAGGUGGUGCGCCACGCAGACCUCCACCGUCUGUCCCUCUCCAUGCUGCCAGAGAUCACCGAUGCCAGCUUGGCGUCGGUAGCGUGGUACUGCCGCAGCCUCACCAGCCUGGCUCUCAGCCACUGCCCGGGCAUCAGCGACUGUGGAGUAGCACAGGCUGUACCGUACCUCCACAGACUCCAGCAUCUCUACCUCUCCUGUUGUGAUAAAAUCACUGACAGAUCCUUGUUCCUCCUGGUGCAGCACUGUAAGCGUCUGAGAACACUCGACAUCUCAAGGUGCAAAAACAUCUCCGCAACAACAAUGGACCUCCUCCAGUCACAGCUGCCCUUCUUGGAAAACGUCCACUACAAAUUCAUAGGUGGGGCUGAUCUUACUCUGACACUUUGACUGAUUGAAUGUCCUGCACGGUCACUGGACCUUUUCAAUAACAAAACCUGCUGACCAAAGCCUGCUUUAUGACUUGAGCUUUUGCACAUUUCAGCAAUUAGCACAAGAACCGAAGGAAAUGUUGACUUGUCCGUUCACAGUCUGAGCUACUGUUAAUCCUGUCACGUGUAGCUUAGCCUGUCAGUGAUUGAAGGUAACGCUUGGACAAAACCAAUGUAGAAACACUUGGGCGUGUAUGAUUAAACAUUUAAUACGUUCAUGCUUGGAUUAAAACAGUCAGACCAGGCAGACAAAAAUGUAUCUGACUGAAAACACACCCACCCUAACCACCACUCCACAAAGAUCAUUAACUGUUGAGUCGGGGGGGGU